AUGUUGUUACAUUUUGCUAAACAAGGGCACAUAACUCUUCCUUUGCCUUCUGAAGCCAUAAAGAUUAUUGAAGAUCAGUUGAAAAGUGGCAGCAGCUGUAGAAGUACAAGAAUUUCAGUUCUUAGACAGAUUGAUAGUUGGGGAGUUGGCAUUAGAAAGCCUAAUUAUGAAGAAAUUUACAACAGAAUGAGAAAGAUGACUACUUUGUUAUAUAUGUUUGCUUCUGAUGAAAAUGCAUCUAUUUCCAUCUGGUUAAAUGUAAAGCUAGCAGAACAAAACUAUUGCAUUUUUGAAAUCUAUCUUUCUGUUUAUAAUGAUGGUAAAAAACAAUUUGCCUUUGGAUUUCAAUCACCAAUGCAAGUUUCAAUCAUGAGAAUCUCGCAAUCUUUUUGUCUCAAUGCCACCCAUUCCAUUUCGUCCAGAAGCGACGAAGUAUUAUAUACUUUGGUCACUGGCCAUCCUCAAACAGGAAAGGGAUUCCCUGUUGCAUACAUGGUGACAAACAACCAGACAGCCAUACCCAUCAAACUUUGGCUUGACCACCUUCGCAUCAAGAGCAGCUUCGUACCAAUGAAUAUCACCAUUGACUGUAGCAUUAUGGAGAUUAAUGCAAUCAAAGAAGCAUUAUCUCAUGCUACAAUUCACUACUGUGAUUUUCAUGUUCUUCGCGCUUGGCAGCACAACCUUGACAGCAAGAUUAAACUUAAUGCCUCUUAUACAUCAGAACAACUUGGGAAUUAUAAGACUGCACUGAAGAACUACCUGAGACACAUUCUCAUUGAGUCAAACGAAGACGUGUUCCUAAGAGCAAUUGAAGAUUUUAAACUGAUGGUUCAGGAUCAACCUCAGUUUUUGAAAUAUUUUGAGAAGAAAUGGACCGAGAACGAAGAAUUGUUGCAAAAAGAUGGGGGCGCCCAUACAUUAGCCAACAACAUCAGAGAUAUAAGAUUGGAUCGACUGAUUUUUAUCUUGACAAAUGAUGUGGAGUUCUAUUUUGAACAAGAGGUUGAGCGUAUUCACUUCAACAAUGGUAAGAUGGGUCCCAUUGAUAAUGAGUUAGUCAGAAAUUCUUUUGUUGCUUCAAAAAUCCAAAAUGACAUGCUCCCUUCCAUGAUUCUCAACCCUUUGGGUGAGACUGGUAACAGCAUGGAUGAUUAUAAUGGUGAGUGGCAAAUAAGAUCUUUCGUAACAGAAGAUAAGUGGUAUACCGUCAAUAUAUCAAAUGACUUGAUACAAAGCUGCACCUGCCCGAACUUUCUGACCCGCCAGAUCCCAUGCAAGCAUUCACAUUUGUUGAAGCGUUACUGUGGGGCAAAAUUCAGCUUCAUCGAGCAACGGGAGAUAGCAGGAGUGGUAUCAAACCGACAAGACGCUGUAAAUGCAAACGAGAACGAAGUUGAGGAAGAAGUAGAGGAGGAAUUAGAGAGUGGAGGUACUGUUGAAGAUAGAGGUGUAUAUGUCUUUGACGAAAUUGCAGCUUAUUCUGCAAUGAUGCAUUACGGCUUUGAAGAUCUUCAAACUUUGAAGACAAUUCCUGGCUUAGAUCAAACAAAGGCAGAUCUUAUAAAAAGAGCACUCGCAGAUGCUGUGAGGUUGAUGGAUGAAUAUAGAAGUGAGAACCCUUCAUAUUUUAGAAACUUGAAUACUCAGAGAUAA